CUCAAGGUUAUUCCUAGGCCCCGUCUUUUGAACUUGUUACUUCCACUAUCUUUCGGCUCCCAGGCAGUUAGCACCGAAUAAUGCUUGGUAGAGAUUGAUAUUUAAAAUAUGGCCGGUGAAGAAUCGAUAAAAAUUAAAUUAAUCCUGUUAGGAGAUUCAGGUGUGGGGAAGACAAGUUUAAUUCGUCGAUUUGUUGAUGACCGAUUUACACACAAUGAAGCGGCGACGAUCGGUUUCGAUUUCAAACCAUAUCAAAUGGUUGUAGACGGAAGAACAAUUCAGUUUAAUAUAUGGGAUACAGCUGGUGUUGAACGAUACAGUAGUUACUUGACUCCUUCGCUUUACCGCCACGCUCAUGGUGCUCUUUUUGUAUACGAUGUUACUUCCGCACAAAGUCUUUCCGGAGUGAAAUACUGGGUAGAACAAACCAGACAAUUCUGUGGUAGUCGACUUUUAAAAAUGCUUGUUGGCAAUAAAAUUGACUUGGAUAAUCGCAUAGUUUCAAAAAAAGAAGGUUCAGAUUUCGCUCGAAGUAUGGGGUCAAUCUUUGUUGAAACCAGUGCAAAAACAAGUGAGAAUGUCCGUGAUGCUUUUGUAGAACUUGUUCGUAAAAUACUUCAAGAUCCUGAAUUCCUGUCAUCAACGUCAACGUCACAACCACCUCAAGGAGUAUCCUUUGAAUCUACUCAACCCAGCUCAUCAUUAACAUGUCCUUGUUAAUAUUAGAGGGAAAUUCACAAGAACGCUGGGAAAUACAUUCAGAUGAUCUGGGAUCAAAUAUAAUCGACAAUAAACCAAUCAAUCCUGCUUUAAAAUGCAAAGAAAUCAACUGCACAUUUUUUUAAAUAACUGUGAUUUUACUUAUUCGUAUAUUCAUUCUCCCACCGUUUUUUAUAUAUACACAUUCAAUCAUAAUCUAAUGUAUUGAGCAAGUGCUUAUUCGUAUGAGAACGCCAUGCUAUGAUAUAACAUCACUGAGUUAUAUCUCUUUUUCUUGUAAUUAAAUUGAUCAUACAUUUUUGUCAUUAUCUUUGUUCAACAUAAUAAAAAUUAGACCAUCCUUUUUCAUGAAAUACUUGUGAAGUAUGAAAAAUCAUUCGAUACAACAUAGAAUACAUAUUAUGAUUCGGAUUUGGUAUGCAAGAAUUAUAUUUACUACAUCC